UGGCUUGAAAGCCAGAGCUCCGGGUGGCCGUGAGACUGACCGAGACAGACGGACAGACGGACCCGGGAGGACAGGGCACCGCCGCUGGAUCCGGGUGGCCCAACCAGCCAGGGAGGAAGGAACUUUUAGUAUCCCCCGCCCCACCCGUCCCACCCCACCCCCAAUCCUGCCUGCAUCUGCCUGGAGUGCCCGGGGGCAGGGCGGCCGAGACUCGCUGGGGAGGGAGAGAAACUGCCGCCGCUCCAAACUUUCUUUUCCUUCUCUGCCGGGGAAAACAAACCAAGAGAAAGCCAGAGAGAGGGAGAGAGGUCUCCUCCACCCGCUGGAAUUCGCCAGUUUGUCCCCAGCCAACCCUCACCCCGGAAGAAGGCAGCUGGCCUAAUCCCUUGUCCUCCCAGACAGCGGGGCCUAGACCAGCCAGUCAGACCUGCUCUAGCGACAUCCGGGAGAGCUCCAUCCCAAGUCCUUCCAAGGCCAUGGCUCCCCCAUGAGCCACACCCUCCAGGACAGCGCUUGGCCCCUAAGAGAAGGCCAAGCACGGGAAGGGGGUGAGGAGAAGAAAGAGUCCCCUCAUCUCAGAGACUGACCGACCACUGCCUUCCCACUACACUCCAGGACAGCCCCUGGCGGGGGAAAAGCUGAAGUCGGGGCAGGGCCUUCUAGGCCCUUGACCAUCCAUCGCCCUCCAAGAAACAGGUUAGCAUGGACACAAGGAGGAUCGAGCAGCCCAAGGUGACCGGGCCAGCGCUGGGCUGGAUGUCUGGCUCCCAUAGGAAGAGGAGACCGAUGAAGGCCGAGCUCACAGCAGACAUGAUCAGCCCACCCCUGGGCGACUUCCGCCACACCAUGCACGUAGGCCGAGGCGGGGACGUCUUUGGGGACACCUCGUUCCUCAGCAACCAUGGCGGGGUGGGCCGAGGUGGUGGGCGCUCUCCCAGAAGCUUCCUGCUCCGGACCCUGCAGCAGGUUCGGCGGGGAGGGCCUCCUCCCCGGGGCUUCACCUCCUCGGCAGCCUCCUCUCCCGACCCACCUGCCAUCUCCCCCAUCAUCAAGAAUGCCGUGUCCUUGCCCCAGCUCCACCAGGCAGGCUACGACGGCCUGGUGGCAAGCAAGCUGAGCUUCUGCGACAGCCCCCGGGGGUCCCCCGAUGGGCACCAUGGCUACGGUGUGGAUUCUGGGUUCUGCACCAUCCCCCGCCUUUUACCCACUGAGAGGCCCCUGGACACGGACAGCUCCUGCCCUUCAGAGCCUGACCUGCCUCGAUCGGACUCAGAGCCUGACCUGCAUUGCUCUGACUCGGGGCCCAAGCUCCAUCGCUCUGACUCCAUGCUCUCCUUCCGCCUAGACCUGGGUCCCUCCCUUCUCAGUGAGCUCCUCAGUGCCAUGAGCCUGGCGGAGGUGCCUGGGAGAGAGCCAGGCCCAGCCCAGACGGCAGAGCCCCAGCCCCCAGCCCCAGAGCCCCGACCUCAGGGACACUGUCUCAAUGGGGUCUCAGUGUCAAAGAGCCCCCCCGGGGAGAAGCCGGGGAGCCUCCAGCCCGAGAAGCCGAGAGCAGCCGCCAGUCUGAACCCAGCCAGGGGACACUGGAUGGGCAGCUGGGGCCCCAGGCCCCACUAUAGCGAGGCCACUGCGAGGCAAGAGCUCGCUGGGGUGUUGCCUCAAAGCCGGGCCUCGUGGGAGAGCCAGGAUGAGACACUAGGGGUCUCCCCUUGCUGGGCAAGGAGCAGCUCCGAGAAGGAGCCGAGGAGGGCCCCGGUCCCCAGCACGGUUCAGGCAACCGCGUUCCAAUUUGCCGAUGAGGAUGAUGAGGUGAAUAUGUGAGUGUGGCCCUGCCGGCCCAGCACUGGGACCUCCGGCGAAGUCCCCCCUCCCACCUCAUCUCGGAGGGCAGAGGAUUUGGGGUGAGGGGAGCGAUCCACUUCAGCCAAUAGGACAAGUGGCAAAGCCAGGAGCUGGAAGGGAGUGGAGGGCAGGGGAAGGGCCAAGAAAGGAAAUCCCACCCCCUCGUCCCCCCAGGCCGAACCAGGGUCUGUGGAGUGUGGGGACAGCAGCCUCUGGGACUUGCAGAGACUAGGCAGGAAUCUCCUUCCUUGGACAUUCCAUUCCUACCCACCCCCUACACACACGUCCUUCAAAGGGCGGUCAGGGGAGCAGGGCAGGCUUGCCCCCUCACCCUCCUCUCCUUUCCUGGUCAGAUGAGAUUUCUAGGGCUAGGGAGGUGGGUGCCGAAAGAGGGACAGCUGAGGGCAAUUUGUUCUGGGGAACAGCCCAGAGGGCCUGACAGCCUGCUCUGAGCCCCCCCGCCCCAGCCUUGGGCACCAGAUGCCCAGCGUCCCCCAAUGCCACACCCACAGCCUCGCUGGGGCCAUACAGUGGAGCCUUUGUGACUAGGGGAGAGGAGGUGGGGGGGACAGCACAGGAGCCCAUUGUCCUCACCACCACACUUUGUUGGCCAACCCGCAGGGGGUCCAUUCCAGGCUGGGGGGGGGGGCUCCUGCCUCCCAUUAGGGUUCCCUGCUGGGGCCUGGUGUGAGGGACCCUCUCCUGCUCCCCACCUCACCCCACCCCCAUCUCUUCCAAACUGUUCUAAAAGCCAUAACCAAAGGUCACCAUGACCUCAGCCAGGAGGAAUGCCUGGCCUUGGCCUUCUGGCCAUCCCAAGAUCUCUUUGUCCAGCCUAAUUAAAAGAGGAGGGGUUUUU